AACUGAAGUCUUUAGCUUCCAGCAGGCUCUCUCAGUCUUUAUAACUACUUUUGUUUUGUCUUCUUGUUUUUGUGUUCCAAAGUCUCGUUUCGUACCCUCCUCUACAUCUCUAUGAUUAAACUCAUGUUCAAUGUCGUAUACAGCCUGAACAUAUCACCAGCCAGCACCUGCGUAGUGAUUUCAUUACAUUUGAUUAGUCAAUUACACAUGGUCAACAAAUUUUAACAUUCCAGACAAUUGCGUCUUAAAAUCUUUAUCUCUCUAUAUAAGUCUUCAACUUCUUGCUUUAGCAUUACAAAAAUAACAACUACGUACGACAACUGUGUAUCAAAGCAAGCACCAGUCGUAAAUAGUACAACUUCUACAUCUUUCAUUCUCCACAGAAUUUUCUCAUUUGAUCCUCUAUUCUUCUUAUUGCUGUUCUAUCAUUUCUUUACAAGUAAUCAUGACGUCCGCGUCUAUAGCAACAUCGUCGAUUUGUUCUCACAACCUAAGGAGAAAUAUCAUCUACGGUGACUAUCAUCAAAGACACAGGACUUCCUCAUCAUCAUUCCAAACCGUUGCCGGAGGUCUUACUUAUCUUCCAAUGACGAUGAGGACGAUCAAUACAAACUUCAUGUCAUCAUCAUCAACAACAAAUAAACGGACAUCACACAUUAGGAAUGCAAUUGAGAACCUACCAGCUGGAGCCCCACUUCCUACCCCUCCUGGACCUCCUUCUUCUGGAUGGUUUAGCUGGAUUAUAUGGACUCUAAUACCCAUGCUUUUCCCUCUCUUCAAGAGCAAACUGAGUCCAUUGCUCCUCCUUAAACAGAGAGUAGACACAGUGAUAGACAUUGUGGACGAUACGGCUGAGCUGAUAGAAGACGUCGCGGAGGAGGUGGUGAAGAUAACCGAUCAUUUUGAAGAUAAAGUCCCUGAUGGCAGUGCACUCAAGAACACAAUGUGUGCUAUUCAUGAAGUUGCACAGCAAACCAUUAAAGUCGCAGAUUUAGCUGAAGAUCUCAUUGACAAGGGAGAGGCGCUCGAGGAAAAGAUGAAGAAUUUAUUGGAGAAGCAAGAAGAAGCAGCAGCCAAAGACCAAGCAGAAGAGGAACAAAAGAAGGAGGCGCCUCAAAAGUCUUGAGUCUUGAAACAAACAGAAAAACUACAAUUCUUUAUUAUUUUCAAUGGAGUAGUUGGAUUUGCUUACUAACUCUAGCCUAUACUAGCUAAUUUCAUUCUUCUGUCUUGUUUUACUCAAUGGACUUUGAAUAGAAUCUAGUUAAGCAUGAUCAAGUUGUUUACUUCCUAGUAAUUAAGUGGGACGAAGAAAUCAGAAGAUACGAUUUUACCGGGUAA